AGAGAGCCACAACAAAGCGUCGCAUAGUUGCUACAUACGGAUAGUUGAUGUGAGUUUGUCGAAUGAAGCAGACACGCGAUUACGAUCGAUGUACUACGACGACGACGACAACAACGACGAAAGAAAAAUAUAUAGAAACACCAAGGGAACAACAACAACAACAUCGACCGUAUAUCGUUGCAGUGCAUUUCAAUCGAAACGAAAAUAGUCCGAAAAAAAUCGAUGCAUUUCACUCUAUGCAAAUGUGAAUUGAAAAGAAGAAAUAGCAAGAAUAAAAAUUAAAUACGAGUUGCGAAUAUUUCGAAAAGUGUUUUGUGUUUGUUAACAACGAGGGAAACGUGACUGCCGGCAAAUUGGUGAAGCCCAUUGCAUUUUUCGGCCAUUCGGAUUAAUGUGUUACAUUUUUAUGUGUGUAUUUUUUGUUUUGUUCGGGGGGAUUUCGAGAUAACAACCUGUUCGAUUCCACAUACAAAACUAGAAACAAACGACAUCGAUUUUGGUUUCGGUGUUUUUCCACUCGGAAUUAAGUAAUUUUCAGGCCUAUUUUUACGAAAGUUAGAAAUUUCAUUUCUGUAAUCAUAUUUGUUGAUGAAACGACAAGUGAUCAUUCACAUGUCAGUACAUUGAAACUGUAAAGUGUUGCCCAAAAAUAAAACUGACUGUCAUUUUAGUUGCGAACAAAAAUUGUCAAAUACGAACGAAACCGAAAAAAAAAAUCGAUGACCCAAAUUCCAUUCGGCACGAUCUUAAAAAUUGUGUUCAAUUUCAUUCACCAAGAAAUUUGUUUUCGUUAUCUAUGCUGCUUGGUGUAAGAAAAAUUUAUCAAUUCAGCAGUUCCACUGGAAAUCGAAGAGGGAAACGAACCAAGAGACACUCACACACUUAUAUCACCAAAAGCACCGUGAAUUGCCUUCAAGUGAAUUUUUGUUUCGGGUUAAUAAAAAUGUAUUUUGACUUUGAACGAUAAACGAACAGCGACAAUAAUCCAACAUUGAAUGUGCGGAUUGCACUUGUAUUCUGUGAAUGUCAGCAUAAACAAAUAACACGAAAAAUUUAGUUCAAAAUCCAUUCGGUGGAAAAUUUCGCAAAUUGCUGUGACUUAAUUGUUGUGUACGGUAUUUGUUUUUUUUUCGUUCGCCUUCGUUCGAAUUGAAUUAAUUGUGAACCCGUGUGUGACGAUUAGAUUUGUUUUUUCUUCGUUCGGUUUUUGUUUUGUGAGAGAUAAAAUUGGUCGAGAUCGAUUGUGUUCCGCUCUCUUUCUACCAUUGCGUUGUAGCCUGUAGUCAAUCCAAAAUAGGCUGGGUUGCAAGCUGCACUGACACUCACGCAUCUCAUACGGCAGCAGCAGCAGCAGCAAUCACCGAUCGUUCGAUUUGUGUAAAGAAAUAACAACAACAACACUAUUUAAAGAAACUACUUGAAGAACAGGUUAUUUUCCCAUUUUUCUCGAUAUUUACACACACAUACACACGUUUAUACGCUGUUCAUUCGGUUCGCGCGCGCAUUUACUUACUACAUUGGAUUAUAUGCAUAUUUUUCAUAUCACAUUGAUACACACUUCAAGAGACACACAUCAAGAGUAAACAAUUUGAGUAUAUUGAGCGAAGAACAAGAGUGAGAGAGAGAGAGAGAGAGAGAGAAGGAAAACGUUGAAGAAAAUUUAAGCGGGAUACUCAACAUCAGAAACACAUUUUUCUGAAGCGGCAUCAAGUGAAGUAGAAAAAACACACACAUGAACCUACUACUACGACAACAACAACAACGACGACAAAAACCACGUGAAUAAAAAAGUGCAAAGGAAAUACCGAAAAAAAACAACAAAACUAAUAUCGUUUUAAUUAAGCGUACAACGUGUGAACUAAAAGAAUUCGAUUCAAGGAAACGCAGACUCCUUUGAUUUAGAGCGCUCAUUCAAUGUGGCCCAUUAAUCGAGAUUGAGAUUGCGUUUUGUUGUUUUAAAUGAAACGAGUGUAAAGUUAAAGAGGAACGAAAAGAAAAAAAAAACAACGAGCCAUUGAAACAUUUUAAUUGGUUAUUCUUCGAGCGAUUAUAUAAAACGACCACUGGAUUAUUGGAUUAUUUUACUUUUUUGAGUUUGAAACAAAAACCACAUAAAUGGAACUAUUUCUAGGAAGUAUUUGCAGCUGGUAACAAUGCAGCAUGCGAGCUUUUUGCACCGUCAGCGCGCCCUUAGAGGUUUGCGCGCCACUAACGAGACCACUGUUACCAGGAAGCCGUUUUCUUGCUCUCAAACUAUUAGGAACUCCCCAGCCACGCACAUUGUACUUUUUAGUCGAAGCAAAGAGUCGUGUUCGCGAAGUUUAUACCCAAACAUGUCUUCACUUUGCCAAACAAGGAAUGCUCGACACCGAACUCUUCGGUCUGGCUGUUCUCAUAGAUGGCGAAUACCUAUUUGCCGAUCCAGAAAGCAAAUUAUCGAAAUAUGGUCCGAAAAGUUGGCGCUCAUCCCACACACACGGUCUGGAUGCAAAUGGUCGACCGUUGCUGGAGUUUCACUUUCGCGUACAAUUCUACAUCGAAAGCCCGUUAAUGUUACGAGACGAAACAUCACGUCACAAUUACUACCUACAGCUCAAAUCGAAUACAGUUAAUCAAGAGAUCCCAAAAGAAUGCUCCGAACAAUCGUUGAUACUGCUCGGAGCGCUUGCAUUGCAAGCCGAUUUUGGCGACUGUCCCGACGAAAGUAGCGACGAUUAUUUUAAAUUAGACGAUUAUAUACCAAGCAAUUUACGAACGACAUGGGGAGCGGCAGCAUUGAAAUCGUGCCAUAAAGAGUAUCGUGGCAUGUCACGAGCUGAUGCCGAAACCAAUUAUAUCAAAGAAUCGUGUGCACUGAACGAUGCCAUCAAUGCGCACAUAUUCAAAAUGAAAUUAACAAAAAACGAAACCGGACCCGGAUCAAUAUGGUUUGUUGUGUAUGCAAAAGGCAUCAAGAUUUUCGGUGAGAAUUUCCAAACGGCCAACUUUCUGUGGCCAAACAUCAGUAAAUUGUGCUUUGAGCGGAAGAAAUUCGAAAUUAAAUACGGCGAACACAAAACCAUACUUUAUUCAAUGUCCGACGUUAAGAAUAAGAAAUUAUUUUCAUUAUGCAAGGAAACGCAUCAGUUUUCAAUGAAAAUUGUAACGAGACUGAACGAUGCCAUACGUCGUGAAGAGGAGGAAUGCAGUUCGAUGCAUGUGUGUGACAUGUAUUCGAGAGCAUUGAAUUUACCGUACAAAAAUAAAGGCGAUCAACGCAUAUCGGUGAUUUCGAGCACGAGCUCGAACACAACGUCCGGAAUUGUUAGUGAUCGGGUGCAUUCGGAGGAUGAACUCGAAAUUAUGAUCAAUACACCGCCAGCUGCAAACAUAGCGGCACCAUCGACCGAAAGUUUAGCAUUGGCACAUUUGCUUGACAAACCGAGUGUUAGCCGACAGACGUCAUCGGUGAGUCGAAUGUCAAUGAAAGAACUGGACGAGUCAAUGAAACGAUUGUCGACGCGUCCAAUUGUUCGAUCGGCGAGCAAUGAAUCAACACCCGAGCAACCAGAACGCAAAAUGGAACAGUCCGAAUCAGAUUCACCGAAUUCACAGCACAACAUUGGUUCACAGUGUUCGUCCACUUGUAGUACAAUUGUUGUGGCAACGGAAAGCAGUCCACAGCCAAUAACAAGUUCAUCGGAUUCAAGGAGACAACCAUCAACUUCAAGCAGCAUGGAAUUAGGGUUCAGUCAUACAGCCCAAAAUUCGGCGAUCAGUGAAUCGACGACAACAUCCGUUGAUGUUUCAUACGGUACCAAUACCAUUGACGAAGAAGAUAUUUCGGGCGUUUACACACUGAACAAUCCAGCACCAACUGAAACGAGUGGCGUGUACACAAUGAGUAAUAGCGAAUUGACGGGUCAUUCGUCGGAAUUGGCCGAGUCAGAGAGUCAUGAGAGUUCGUAUUACGGCAGUUUUCAACCGAAGAGUGAGAUGAACGAGUCAUUGAACGUGGAUUCGGUGGAUGGAAAUUUCAACCAAUCAAGGAAAGAGAGUAGUGCGAAUGAUUUUCGAAUGCGAUCCGAUUCGAAUGUGAGUUCGACAUCAUUUCGGGGCGACGGUAGUGAUCCAACGGAUAAGAAGCAAACUCUGUUGAGUGCUGAGGAAUUGACCGACCUAAUCGUUGGCCGAGGAUCGUAUCCAUCACGUAAAACCGUUAGCAAUACGUUGGAUUCCGAUUGUGACUAUGUCACUAUGCCAUUGCCACUGAAGGAGGGUGAAAGUUUUUUGCCCGGUCACGAAGAUACUGCCCCAUCAGAUGAUACAUUCGACGUUGAUUUGUUGUCAUCAAACCCACCGCCGCCUCCGGUUCGAAUCGACAGCAAUACGCAUCGUGCAUUUGCCGGUAUGAUGAGCACAAAUCGAGCCAUGCCGCCACCACCCUACAAUGCACACCAUAAAAUUACAUCAGUGGCCACGAAUGUGGUCGAACAACAUGAUGAAAUACCUGCGAUACCUGCCCGCGAUCCACCACCAUAUUCACAGCAACCGAACCGUGUGCUGGUGAGCUCAACAUCGAAUCUAUCCACUUCAGCACCAUCCGUUUCAUCUCAAACGAGUCAACCAGAAGAAGCGGCAGCUCGGUUCAUUACGACGAGACCGCAAAUCAACAUUUUAAAAGCCCAUACCAGUUUAGUGGGUGAGAAUCAAUUGCCAAAACCGAGCUAUGCUGCACCAACAAUUCCGCCGCCCGUCAUUCCACAAGUACCGCACAGUGCAUCACAAAAUCUCUUAGCCACACCGCAUUCCAUUGGCAUUCCAGUCGGUCCGUACAACAUAAGCAGCGUUCAUAAAAACCAUUUGUCAAACAUUUCGUCACCGUAUCCAGAGGUGAAAACGACAGCACAAACACCACGAGCUUGUGUUCUUUUACCAGUUAUCAAACCAGCUAGACAAUACAUUCCUCCGCCGCCAUCAUUGCCUCGCCAACCACCACCUCCACCACCAGCACAACUCGCAACCGUCUACACCAGUCAAUUGGCACAGUCGCAAAUUGAAUUGUACCAAAAACAGCUGUACGAUAGUUGCGAUUAUGUCAUUUACCCGUUGCAAGAUCCGGCAAUCAGCCAACAAGAGUACUUGGAUGCGAAACAAGGUUCAAUAAUAGCAGCAAUGGCACAGAGCACAGCUGCUAUUCCACCACCGUAUUUUAUUCAUGCGAACCAUGGCACCUGGGAUGCGUACAAAGGUCAUGCCAUUUAUCGUAGCACGCCAUACCUAUCAAUGGCCUAUUCAACGCAUUCGCAUUAUGCAUCGACGCAAAAUCUGUCUGACACUUAUGUUCAAUUGCCAUCUGGUGCCUAUUCACCGCUUUAUAGCCCAUCCAUAGCUAGCUUAUGCUCGUCGUAUGAUGCACCACCGCCGAUACCACUACGGCCCCGACCGAUGGCAACAGCAACAAUGUUUGCGCGAUCCAAAUCAGAUGACAACAUUUUGAAUUCCAUUGAAACGCUGCCAAAAGCAAAACGACUACCUCCUCCGCCUCCACCAUAUCACAAGAAAUCGAUUAAGCCGCCAAUGCCGCCGCCCAUCGAAGAACAAAUGGCCAUACCAUCAGCACCAAUAAUUCAAAAGCCACGGCUUCCAGCGCAACCAAUCACAACGACCUUGCCACGAACCAAUGCAUCGAUGAAGUUAGCCACACAUAUGCCGGUCAAAACCGUAACAAAUUCUACGUCAACAAUAGCACCAGCAACGCCGAUUGACAUAAAUGUGUUACGCGAGCAUAGCAAGCACUUGGAUUUGCCAUUGAUAUCAGCCUUGUGCAACGAUCGUUCUCUGUUGAAACAAACAGCGUUUGUGAUGCCAAAGCAUCCGUCGUCGAAUGUUAAACAGAACACGCUGCAGAUGUCAAAGGGAAAAUAUCCAGUGUCCGGCUUGAGUACAACUCAGCUCAAUAAAUCUCGACCGAAGACAUCGAUAAGUCAUCGUCAUCCAAGCGAUAAAUUACCACCCUUGCCGACCACUUCCGUCAUGCAAAACAACUAUGUCAUGGAUCCAGCCAUGAAACACAAGAAUUUCAGUUCGCAACCGAACCUUAAACAAGCAUAAAGAAAAUGUAUAACAAAAUGACAAUUGCAAAUUGAAUAAAAUAAUUUCCUUGUCACUCCAAGAGGAUGAGCUAGUAAUAGGAGAUUAACAGAAAAGUCGCUCUUUCUUUGUAUUUAAUUGAGACAGAAGAAAAAAAUUGAAUAGAAAAACGCAACGUGCCUUUCUAUAUAGUAAAUAAGCGAGAUGAGAUGAAGAAAUACAAUUCCAUUAAUUUAAAAUGGCCAUCGACAAGUUUUAUUAGGACAAAAGAAUUCGACACGGACCGUUAAAAUUUUAUUUUCGUUUAAAUUAAGUAGAAUUCGUUUUUAUACUCUAAAUGGAAGUUCAAGACAAGAUAAAUUAGAAAAUUCUAUUUGUAGAAUGUUAAAUGUUUUAAUUAAUACACCGACACGGCUUCACAGGAAUUUACAGCUUAUGUUUAUAAAUUAUUUUAGAGAAUCGGAUAAGAAAUAAACUGAAUUGGAAACAUAUAUUAUGUUUUCACACGUGGAAUCGGAGAAUUAAGAAAAUAGACCGGUGUGUUUGUCACUUCGUAGGCAUUUCGAUUUAAUCCCCUAGAAUUUAAGCAGUAUUGUUGUGUGAAGCAAUGAAAUAUGAAUGAGAAAAAAAAAUUGAAAAUAAAAUUGAAACAAAAACAAAAUCGUUAGGUAUAAGCAGAAUGAAUAUUCGAUUCUCUCUAUUAGUGACAUAUUUGUAAAGUUGUAUUUUGCAAACUAUUUUUUCUCCCAAUUUCUUUCUAAUUUUGACAAUUUUCUGAACAAGAACAACUGAUAUACGAUUAUAAGGCUAAUUUUCAUUUUAAUUUUAUUUAGACGAAGAAAAAAAAGCGUUUAUCAAUUGCUGACACACGCCAAUUUCGAAGCAAUUGCUCAAUCUCCUAUAUACUGGUUUUGAAUGUUCAAAACACAAAAUUUGCCAGAUUUAUGAAAAAAAAACAAACGAAAAAAAAUUGAAUAAACAAUUCAAGCUAGUUUUAUGACAUUGUAUUUGAAUUUUAAUUAGUUCCGAAUAAUAAAUUGAUUUAAACAAAACAAAA